UAAGCUUUUAAUUGGUAAUAUCGCGGUGAAUGAGUUGUUACUCAAACCUUUGUUAAGGUUGGGUUCAAAUAUUUGAGAUAGGUGCUGAAAAUUUGUGAACAAAAUUGAUUUGAUUUGAUUAUGAAAAUUAUCUGACGGAUGCCAAAUUUUUGCAAAAUAUCAUGUAAAAUGUCCUAACCCAGGCCUGGGUUAAGACAUUUUACAUGAUAUUUACACCUGCACCCUUUAAAAUUUGAAUCAAAGCUUUUCAAUUGCUAGGCGACCUGACCCCUUCAGCGCCGGCCCUGAACCCAAAGGUUCAUUUUUCGUCAAAGGGAAAACUUUUUUAUUUCUCAACCGAUUUUGAUGAUUAUAAUUUUAAAUGAAAGAUAGCUAUAUUUGUCACAUUUCCAUCCACACAAAUUUUCUGUUAACUGCUUCACUUCUGUAUAAUAAGGCAAAAUGUUAUUAUGGAAGUGAUUUUUGAACGAUUAAACACAAAAUAAGAAGGGUUCAUGCAUGGCAGCUGAGAACUAGAUUCUUCAUGAUUAUAAUUGACUCUGGGUUUUUAUUUGAGCAAAAUCGGUUGAGAACAGAGUCUGGUUAAUCCGGGAUUACGGAUUGAGGAUUGAGAUUGGGAUUGGGGAUUAAUUAAUCCUCAAUCCGCAAGUUUUGACUUUUAAUCCCUAAUCCUCAAUCCCAAAAAGUUUUGAAAAAAUAAUUAAUCCCUAAUCCUAAUCCCGGAGCGCAUUGAUUAAUCUUAAUCCAAGUUUGGGAUUAAAAUGGGAUUAAAUCAGCUCCACCUGCUGAAAAUUCUCAGAGACUUUGCCAGUUCUCCUUUUGUUUCACUUAAAAAUAUGUUUCCCAUAAGUUAUGGGCCAUAACUAUCGAAAUUCCAUCGUUGUAUUUCACAAACAAAAAUUCGAUAUUAUUAAACAAAUAGGGAAGUAAUUUAAUGUCUCUCCAAAACAAUGGGAACUACCCUCCGAAUAUUUAAGAAGUUACCUAAAUGGAAAGCAACCUCUUAAUGCUCUAAAUUUUCCCUCCCCUUAAAUGGAAGUAGCCUCUCAUUUUGCAUAUCACAAAUCUGUGUAAAUUUCGUAUCAGUGAUGGGUUUUACUACCAGAGUCCGGUUGAAUAUGUUCUUAAAAACCCUAACUCUUCAUGUAAAAUGUUUACUCAGAUCCCCAACAGAUGUAUUUAUGAAAAACAUUUUUUUAAUUCGUUUUGAAUAGCUUAAAAAUUAUUCUGUUUGACUGCAAAAAUGUGAAAAAUAGCUUAAUAUUUCACACUUACAAAUAACAAGCUUUCCACAUGCUUUGGUUUCAUAUUACAUUAAUGAAUGGAAUCUUCCUGAUUUUUAUUUAAACCAAGUGUUUGUUGUUAACAAUGAUAUAAGUGCACAUGGAAAGCUCAUAAAUGAAUGGAAUUAUUUAUGUAUUGCGAAUUUCUUAGAUUUCUCUAAAAGAAUAUAUCUUUUUGGAAAAAUCGCUGACAUAUGUAAAAAAAAACCUAUUGAAGUCUAUCAAAAAAUGCACGUUUGUGGCUAAAUUACAAGGCUGUAUGUGCUAUCCAUGAGUGGUUUUUACCCUCCAUAUUAAAUUUAAGAUAAAAAUAAUAACUUUUAAAAACGGUACAUAGUGACCCUAUAGUGUCACUGGUUGCACUUUGCUCACUUGUAACUUCAUAUUCUUUCGUGGGAAGCGAUUAGGUAUUAAUCACUAAUUUCACUGCGCCAAAUUUCACCUUUUUAAGACAAUUUUUGAAAAUCGCGACUCUAUAGUUAGUUCGAUUUUAUUGCGCUGAUGAGAAAAAAUCGGUGUACCAUUGUACGUGUAGCAGUUUUUUUAAGAAUUGGUACUGUAUAAAGAUUCGUCUGGCAAUUAUAAAAGAAUUUUUCGAUAUUGUCCUGCACCCAAAACCUGUACCAAGCGUAAGCGUGGAGGACCUGUUAAGUUCACAACAGUUUUGAGUACCAUGUGCCUUUUAAAAAUGCAUGCUUUUAUGGAAGCCUUAACUUUAAUCGUAUAUAAAUAAUACGCUUUUUACAUAAAAUGAUAAAAUUAUGGCUUGUAGAUAUGUACAUUAUUUUAAGAGGUAGUUUGCCACCGAAAUCCUAAUUCAAAAAUAACUUUAAGAGGCAGGUAUCCAUGAAGGGUACUUUUAAAAUAUUUGGAGGGUACUUCCCAUUUAAUUGGAGAGGCUUUAAAUGCAUGCCAACAAAUAGUUCAUGUAUUUAAAAACAUUUGAUAAGACUUCAUCUGUUAAAGUUGAUUUUAGUUCACUGAUGACUAAGUAAACUUAUUUUAUGUCACUCAUCUGUACACUUCAUAUUCUUGUGGCCGUAUAAUAAUAACCUAGAGUGGCCAGUGGUAAUGCCCACUCAUUCACACUUGAAUGUUAAUCAAAUGGAGACUGGACUUAAGUCACUUAAGCGACAACUCACACUUUAGGUCAUUAUUUAUAUGGUCAUUAGGUUAUUCAAAUUCAAUCGCACUGUUAAGACUUAUAAAACAAUUUAAUUAAGACAUCAGAAACAUUAACUAGAUAUAAAUGUGAUCGACGAUAAACACGACUUUAAUCCCAUUCCGGGAUUAAAAUCGGACUAAAUUAAUCCUAAUCCCUAAUCCCAUUGAAUGACUUGAGAGAUUUAAUCCCGAAUUAAUUUUAAUCCCGAGUUAAUUUAAUCCCUAAUCUCAAUCCUCAAUCCCGAAUUUUUUAAAAUCAAUCCGUAAUCCUAAUCAUUAAUCCCACUUUCGUUAAUCCCAAGACUCUGGUUGAGAAAUGAUAAAGUUAUGGGCUGUGGUCACUUUUCAGAACCCAAGUGAAUGCUUACUUAGGUAUUUUUUUCAGUAACCAUAGCCUCACCUAAGAAAAAGCUGAGAGAAAAUGACAUCUUUGACGACUUUGGGUCUCAUCUACUUUUGCUCGAUCUGCAUGACAAAUGGGCAGUCUGCUCCCCCUGACGACAACCCUCUCCAGACUAACAGCACUUUGGAGAAUACGAAUAAGAAUCACUCAAUCAUUGUGAUUCAAGUCGAAAAAGAUUUUGAGAAUUCAGAUGAUACAACGAAGAUCCCGAGAGGUCCAUUCUUUAUCGAGGAACCCACAAGUAAAGUUUACGAUAUAUCGGGACAUCUUCUAAGCAACGUGACUUUGGCGUAUGUAAUUAUUCAAGAGGGGCUGGGCCACUUUACAUAAUUUCCUUUACAUAAUGGUCAUUUUGCAUAAUUAUCAAUUAUGUAAAACAAUUUUGUAUAAAAAAUACUAAUCCUAAGGCUAGAUACAGUUGAUUAUUGGUUAUGGCCUUGAUGGGUAGUCUCAAGCUUACGUUUUUAUGAAAUAAUUACGAGUAUGCAAUAUUUAUUUAGAUAUGUGAAAAGGCUUGUCAUGUAAAAUGGUUUUUAUGUUAAACUCUGAUCAUACAUGGACAUGUGAAGCUUUCGGAAUUCCCGAUGUCUCUUAUGAAUGGUUCAAAAAUGGUGUGAAGAUCAAUACGGAAACAUUGCCUCCGGAGGAUAUCGGACGAUAUGUUGUGCAAGCCAACGUGCUAAAGAUAACAAAGCUGGAUGAAGAAAGAGACCCAGGAAUGUAUCAGUGUCGGGCCAGUAACGCCGUGGGAGUCAGAUUCUCAUCGGCCCAACUCAGUAUCUUUAUUGAUCCAAAAGCUGUCCAGAGUGGCGGCACUCUAAAAACAAUUUCAAGCCUGCAAGAUGCACUGAAUAUUUUCGACUUAUUCUUUUGAAUAUGUAUAAUUACAGAUUUUAAGGUGCGGGUAUAAGUGAGAUAAAUUCCUGGUAAAUAUACCGUUAAACAUUCCACGAAAUGUGUAUCUUUUCAGUAUGCUGGUAGCAUAACUUCUUUGAAGGACAAAAUAAAUAUGUUAACAAGUAUUCUUCAAUUCUUAAAGAAUUUUUAAAGAGAUUCAAUUGUUAAAGAUGAAAAUUCUUAAGAAUUUUACUAGGUAAAAUAUACAUUGGGUAAUAAGUGAGCGACUUGAAACCUAGAAAGUGUAUGUACCCAGCGUUCCAUUUGCAAAUAAAAGUGGGUAAAAAAACUCCUGCAAUUUCAAAAAUAUGUGGAAGUUUGAUUCCUGCUGAAAAACGUAAUUUUUUUCAAAUUAAGCUCGAAUUUCAUAAAAUUCGAGUUUGCAUGCAAAAUACGUAUUUACAUACAUACUGGCAUACAUAGUGUUUGGUAUGAUAGUUGUCACAAAAAAAGCGAGAGAUUAAUUGGCCAAUUUCCACCACCUUAUGCAUAUUUGGUAUGUACAUAUGUACAUAUAUAUGUGGCAAGCAUCUCGUUCCCAUGGCUUCUCAUUUGUCAUUUUGCAUGCAAAAAUUUAUCUGAAUUAUUUCAUUUGGUUGCAUUAUUACAUCUCAACAGGAUUACGAUUGAUAAUGGAUGGAAAUACGAAAAAAAUGUAAACUUGUCAAAUCAUUGUGGCGCAUAUUGUACAGGUACACGUGUGUCGAUAUAAAAAAAUAUACUCAUAUUUGUGUACGUAAUUAUGAAUGAAUGGAUGUGUAUAUACUUAUGUACUUCUGUCUUCCUACAAGUAUUGAAUGAAUUAAUGUAUUUACGUAAUUAAAUACCUAUUUUUUAUCACCCGGAGUUUAUAGCAUAUAUUUACAUGUAUAUAUUUACUUUACAAGUAAAGGGUAUUAACUCAUUAAUUCUCCUCAAAUUAUUAAAUGAAGCUACUUCUUUACGUGCGUUUGUUGCGAUUGAUUUUAUUCGAUUGAUUUUAUUUGUGCAAUUCUUAAAAUAUUACCACCAUCCUCCGACGUGCUUAUCAACUUCCAUUUUAGCUGAAUGUGUAAUGCGUAUAAUGUGUUGUAAUAUAAAAGUCUGAACUCUGGACAAGUUGCAAAGUCAUGGCAUCAUCUUAUCAUCAAUUUUAUAUAAGUAUACAUAUUUAUGUACAUAUGACUUUGGUCAGUCUGACUAGACUGACCAAAUCUUGCACUAAUAAUAUACAAAAUUGGAUCCAGUAUAAGCACACAUACCACAAAAUGCAAUAAGUUGAAAGAUCACUGUAAUAAUUAUUCAGUCCUUACAUAUACUUGCAAGAAACAUAUUUAUUCCAAUUUUGUGUGCUUCAUCUGUCGAAAUUGAACCGAUCGAGUGAAUAUAAUAUUUUCUACACGGACAAAAAUCACCAGGCUAAUUUCAGAAGUGGCAUCGGGAGACGCAAAGAAACCCUGGUUUGAGCGUAUAAAAUAAGUCCAUUUAUGUAAUUUUUAACAUGUUCUUCAAACAAUUUGUCGAUUGAUAUGCCACUUCUCAUGGAUAGUUUUAAUCGAUAUGCCUCAAUAUUAUAUAUUUUAAUGCGUAUUUAAUGUUUGUAUGUAUUCUGCCCCACAGCUACUGUUAAACAGAGAAAAUGCCAACUUUGACGAUUUUGGCACUCCUCAAGUUAAUCUACUUUUGUUCGAUCUCCAUGACAAAUGGGCAGUUUGCUCCUCCAUCAAAAUCAAAUAAUAGUGAAAACAACCCUAUCCAGCAUAACGGAACUUUGGAAAAUACGAAUAACAAUCAAUCAAUCAGCGUGAUUCACGUCGACAAUGCAGAUUUUGACGUAGGUGACACAGCGAAGAUCCCGAGAGGUCCAUUCUUUAUCGAGGAGCCCACAAGUCAAGUUUACGAUAUAUCGGGGCAUCCUCUAAGCAACGUGACCUUAAGAUGUGUCGCUGAUGGAUGGCCUGCCCCCACGUACUCCUGGUUCAAAGAGGAAUAUCAGAACAAUACUCUAGUUGACCCCCUCAAAGAACAAAGAUACACCGUGACUAACGGAACUCUAGUGAUUCAUGAACCAAAUUCUAAACUCGACAGAGGAAAUUAUCACUGCACCGCGUCUAAUAAAUUUGGCUCCAUAAUUUCGGAAACUGUAUCUCUCUCAUUUGGCUAUAUUGCGGAAUUUCUUCCUGUUCGAAGCACAGAAUAUGCUCACCAAUUUUGGGGAAAGGCAAUGUAUUGUGAACCCCCACAACAUUUUCCAGCUGUCCAUUACAAUUGGUCCCGUGGUAACGUUUCGAAUUUUGUGCAAGAGGACGAAAAAAUAUUUGCCUCGCAUGAUGGAAACUUAUACUUCACAUCGGUAGAUAUGAGUGAUUCUGGAAAGUAUAGUUGCAAUGUUGAAAGUACGGUUUCAGGCUUUACCAGAAAUGGACCGUUCUUUACGUUGCAAGUUAUACCUCAUGCAGGUCCAAAGCAACCCAAGUUCUUCCAUAAUUUCCCAAAAGUUUUCCCUGAAAGUCCCAAAGCUAUGCAUACGGUACGACUGGAAUGCGUGGCUUAUGGAUUUGGACAUCCAGUUCCUACCUACAACUGGACCAGGAAAGGCUCCGGGCUUCCAGGAACGGCCAUCUUAUCAAAUUACGAUAGAGUACUUGUACUUAAAAAUGUGACCGUCGAAGAUCAAGGAGAGUAUGUUUGUGGUGCCUCCAAUAACCAACAUUACAUCGAAUCAUCCGUAACUUUGAGUAUUCAAGCUGCUCCCCGUUUCACGAUCCGUCUUGAAAACAAACAAAUCGCUAAAAACUCUGAUCAUACAUGGACAUGUGAAGCUUCUGGAAUUCCCGAUGUCUCUUAUGAAUGGUUCAAAAAUGGCGUGAAGAUCAAUACGGAAACAUUACCUCCGGAGGAUAUCGGACGAUAUUUCGUGCAAGACAACGUCCUAAAGAUAAUAAAGGUGGACGAAGAAAGAGACCCAGGAAUGUAUCAGUGUAGAAUCAGUAACGCCCUGGGAGCCAGAUUCUCAUCUGCCCAGCUCAAUGUCGUUAGUGAUCCAGAAGCUGUCCAGAGUAGUGGAACUCUAAAAACAAUUUCAAGCCUGCAAGGGGACGUUCAAAACCUUGAUAACGCAAAGAGGGAUGGGUGGGUAAUAGAACUUCCGUUACGCAGCGUGACAGGGGGAGGGUGGGCGAGCUGGUACAUGUUACUGUAACGCAAAUUUUUUUUGUGUACACAAUAUAAUUUUUUGGCUAGGUUAAUUUUUAGGCAUGCAUAUAAAUACCAAUGAAAAUUCCACUAUCGUUACUGUAAUGUCGGUAGCAUAACUUUUUUUGAAUGGUAAAAUAAAUAAGCUUGUAUGUAUUAACUUCAAUUCUUGAAAACGAAAACCUAUGUAGAUUUUACUAUGUUAUAUGAAUUGUAUGUACAUUAGGUAAUAAAUGAGCGACUUGAAAGCUAUAAAUUAUCUAUACCUAGUUAUACCUAGUUCAAAUAAAAGUAGCUAAAAAAUUCUUUCAAUUUCAAAAACAUUAAAAGUCUGAGAAUUUCUGCU